UCUACCUCCCCGCCGCGGCCUAGACAACGUAAAUCGGCCGCGGUCGACCGUCCAUUCUACCUGAGGUUGAACAAACGUGACGUUGUGAGGCAUGCCACUCAUGCUUCCUCACUCAGCUCCCGCAAUUGGCGUACUCUUGUCGGACACAAUGGAGCUCCGAUCUUGUGUCUAGCCGCUUGUCUUGCUCAUGGACUGGUUGCAUCGGGCGACAAGAAUGGGCGGAUAAUCGUUUGGGAUCUGGCCUCCGGCUCUUUUUUGCAUGUGUUAAGGUCCCUGCAACCCUCUCCUAAAUCACCGGUGGAGUCGCCACUAUUGGAGCCAACUUUGGAAUCUCUCGACACUUCGUCCUCUUCCUCGUCCUCCUCCUGCGAGGAUGGCAAUGAUGAUUCUAAUCCAGAAGCCGAACUCAGUCGCUUCGUCGAAGUCUGCGGACUUGCCUUCAAUCAGCUUACGGGCGACCUAUUGACCGCCAGGUCCAGUGUUUUCGGUCGGAAAGUCUUCGUAGCUGACACUGUUCUGCGUCGUGUUGAGGCCCUGUUUGGGAUGGUGCAUCGAAUCUUAGAUCGCCUUGACAGUGUGCAGUAA